AGCUGAGGGUGCAGCAGAAGGAAGCAGACGAGCCACAUAGACUGCACGGUCACGGACGGCACCGGGAGCUAAGACAGAGAGGGGGAGACAGGAGCCCGUGUCAGGCGUCCGGAGCCUGCAGCAAGACCGGCGCCUUCCCUCGCUGACUGAAUGAGAGAAACUCCUCAUCUCAGCCCCAUCCAGGAAGGUGCCUCUUCCUGCCAGUCUGUACAGGACGCGCACAGGACCCAGCACAAAAUGGACGGUUUCGCCGGUAGCCUGGAUGACAGCAUUUCGGCAGCAAGUACUUCUGACGUUCAGGACCGUUUAUCUGCCCUGGAACUACGAGUGCAGCAGCAGGAGGAUGAAAUCACGGUGCUCAAAGCAGCCCUGGCCGAUGUGCUCAGGCGUCUCGCGAUUUCUGAAGACCAAGUAGCCACCGUAAGAAAAGCUGCACCCAGCAAAGGUCCACCGAUGUUGCGAGAAGCCCUCUCCAUGUCUUGUAUAACAAAUGGAAGUUCUGGAACAAGAAAAACCGGCCAUAGCGGCACCAUUGCUAGAAAAGACACGCUCGCAUCUGCUGCAAAAAGCAGCAGUGCAGAGAAAAAGAAGGAAAAACCCCAAGGCGUGAAAGAGGAAUCAAAUGCAAAUGAUCAAAAUCUGACAAAUCCUAUAAAUCAAGCGUCUCCUUCUCCCCAACCUUCCCCACAGCCUCUCCAAACUCACAGGAACCCAACAUCAACAAAAAGCGUGAAAAGAAGCUCUACUAUAGAAAAAUCACACAACACAUGGGAUAACUCUGAUGACAGUAAGAACAAGUUAUUGAGAGCAUCUUCAACGUCAAAACUAACAUCUAAAGUUUCCAAAACAGAAAAGCAUAAAGAUAUUGUCAUCAGCCCAGCAAAAAUGUCCACACGGGAAAAAAACAGCCAAGAUGGAGACUAUAUCAAGAUGUUCAUGCGCGGGCGUCCGAUCACGAUGUUCAUUCCUUCAGGUGUGGAGAAUUAUGAUGACAUUAGGACAGAGUUGCCACCGGAGAAAUUAAAACUGGAGUGGGUAUAUGGUUAUCGGGGGAGAGACUGUCGAGCCAAUGUUUACCUCCUGCCUACUGGAGAAAUUGUAUAUUUCAUAGCUUCCGUUGUAGUUCUGUUCAACUAUGAAGAGAGAACUCAGAGGCAUUAUCUGGGUCACACAGACUGCGUCAAAUGCAUUGCCGUUCAUCCUGACAAAAUAAGAAUUGCAACAGGACAGAUUGCUGGGGUGGACAAAGACGGAAGACCGUUGCAGCCCCAUGUAAGAGUCUGGGACUCGGUGAGCCUUUCCACUCUGCAAGUCAUUGGUCUUGGGACAUUCGAGCGCGGAGUUGGAUGCUUGGAUUUCUCAAAAGCGGACUCAGGUGUACAUUUAGCUGUGAUUGAUGAUUCCAAUGAACAUAUGCUCACGGUAUGGGAUUGGCAGCGGAAAUCAAAAGUGGCCGAGAUUAAGACUACAAAUGAAGUCGUUCUGGCUGUUGAGUUCCAUCCCACCGAUGCAAACACAAUAGUAACCUGCGGCAAGUCGCACAUCUUCUUCUGGACCUGGACUGGGAACGCUUUGGCAAGAAAACAAGGAAUAUUUGGGAAAUACGAGAAACCGAAGUUUGUGCAGUGCUUAGCAUUUUUAUCCAAUGGAGAUGUGCUAGCUGGAGAUUCCGGCGGCGUGAUCUUAAUCUGGAGUAAAACUCCUGUGGAAUCCACCGCUGGUAAAGGUGUUAAAGGUGUUUACCAGAUAAGUAGGCAAAUUAAGGCCCAUGAUGGCAGUGUAUUUUCACUUUGUCAGCUAAGAAAUGGGAUGCUACUGACUGGAGGUGGAAAGGACAGGAGAGUCGUCAUGUGGGAUCAUAAUCUGAACCCUGAAAGAGAGAUAGAGGUCCCUGAUCAGUAUGGAACUAUUCGAGCUGUGGCUGAGGGGAAAGCAGACCAGUUUUUAAUUGGGACAUCACGCAAUUUUAUUUUGCGAGGCACAUUUAAUGAUGGCUUCCAAGUGGAAGUUCAGGGUCAUACAGAUGAACUUUGGGGACUAGCAACACAUCCAUUUAAAGAUCUGCUGUUAACAUGUGCACAAGACAAGCAGGUGUGUUUGUGGAACUCGGUGGACCACACUUUGGAAUGGACCAGACUUCUGGAUGAAACCGGGCACUGCGCAGACUUCCAUCCGAGCGGGACGGUAGUAGCUAUUGGAACACAUUCUGGAAGGUGGUUCGUUCUGGACGCAGAGACAAGAGAUCUUGUUUCAAUACAUACAGAUGGAAACGAGCAGCUCUCAGUCAUGCGAUACUCAGUUGAUGGCUCCCUACUUGCUGUUGGUUCACAUGACAACUUUAUUUAUGUCUACAACGUCUCGGAAAAUGGAAGAAAAUAUAGUCGAUACGGAAAGUGCACUGGACAUUCCAGUUAUAUUACACACCUUGAUUGGUCCCCGGAUAACAAAUAUAUAAUGUCAAACUCAGGAGACUAUGAAAUAUUAUACUGGGACAUUCCAAGUGGCUGUAAACUGAUCCGGAAUCGCUCAGAUUGCAAGGACAUUGAUUGGGCAACUUACACUUGUGUUCUAGGAUUUCAUGUGUUUGGAGUGUGGCCUGAAGGAUCUGAUGGGACAGAUAUUAAUGCCCUGGUGCGAUCUCACAACAGGAAAGUGAUUGCCCUUGCUGACGACUUCUGUAAGGUCCACUUGUUUCAGUAUCCUUGCUCCAAGCCAAAGGCUCCAAGCCACAAAUACAGUGCACACAGUAGUCACGUAACCAACGUCAGCUUUACGCACAGUGACAGCCAUCUAAUAUCAACGGGAGGAAAAGACAUGAGCAUCAUGCAGUGGCGGCUCGUAGAAAAAGUGUCUCUCUCGCAGAAUGACAAUAUAGUGGAUAGUAGUGCAGCUAACACACCAGUUGCAAGUGAAAAGGUCGUGCCAAGCACCCCCACAUCACCCCCAGAACCUUUAAAUGAGGACGAAAUGGAGAAGUCUCCUGAAGAGCCUCCUGCGUCAGCAGAGAACAUAGAAGAGGUUGACAAUCACACCGAAAAUCUAAAUGAGGUUGAAAGCGAAGAAAGCUUUCAAGAGCCAAUUGAUUCAAAUGGUCAAGGGCCCUCAAGUGAGAUCGGCGAGGAGCAGUCUGACUCCCCUACCAUAACCGAAGCCCAAGGAGAUGAUUCACCGUUGUCUUAACAAUGUAAAGCGGGGUGAUCUUUUUUUCUAUCUGGUGUGUGAGCUUUCAUAGUGGGAAGAGGGUUUAAACUAUCAGGAAAGUGGCAGAAAAUCAAUACCUUAUCUGUUUGAUUUGGGACAGUUUCGCUGUGGGCUGACGUGACUGCCUAUGUCCAGAACUAGCCAAAGUUGGAACAUAGAUUGUAUAGAGUUCGGGAACUGAUGUCACAAGGUGGUGUGUUGUAGAUAUUUUGCAGGGACAAGGGUUCAAUAAAGAUUGAAGACAUAGUUAGAAACACAAUAUAAAUGUUAAGACAGCAGAGGAAUUUACAGUGACAUCUCCUAGGUGCAUAUACACAAAGGCUAACUCAAAGUGGACAUUUUUCACACAAAUAUAACGGUCUGUUUUUGGCACUACUUUGGUCAACACAUAUGCAAUUUUCUUACAACUAUUCUUGAUACUUUUGCAAUAUGAAGUGUGCCCUAAGUGCUGCUAGCGGCCUUGAACUAUUUUUAUGAUAUAAACAUCUAUAUAGCUAACAGCUUGUUUGUUAUGAUCUAGCUUUAUCCUGACCAAGACUUCUUAAAGGGGAUCUGAUAUCUUACAUCACAUAAAUCCAUAUGUAAUUGAAGACCACUGCGUUUGAAGCAAAUGCACGGGUGGUGGGACAGAACACAGAGCACGCAAAAAUUUCACUAAUUACUAAAACGGUGCUUGACAUUACUAAACGAUUCAUUUUCCUUCUAAUCAUAGAAAAUACAGGUUUCUAAUAAAUAAAGCUGUCUGUGAUCUUAUAACAUUUUUUAUUAAUAAAAUUACAUAUCUUGCCCACCAGAUCUCCUUAAAAAAUAAAAUAAAAAAAAAUAAUUUCUAUUCAAUAUUUUAUUUACAGAAAACAGUUUGAUUUUUUUUUUUCUGCAUUGUUACCGUUUUUAGGAAAGCUCAGACAUUUUUUGGUAAAAUUCCGAAGUCUUAAAAAGUGUGCAAGCGUUUACGUGAUUGCGCCAUUCCAAAGUGCAUCAUAACUGGCAUUCCCUUUUAGUAAACACUCAGGAGUAUUGCUAGAGAUCAGGUAUCUAGUCACAUAGUGAGAAGAUUACAGUGGAUGCCCAAAGGAGAUAAUGUACACAAACGUAUGUAUCCGUGGCGAGGUAACAUGGCAGUGUGUGUACGCGUGCGUGUGUAUAUAAAAUGUAUAACUUCGUAUUUGUAUGUGUAUAUAUGCAUACCAAUGUAUACACAUACAAGUAUCCAAAGCUGUAGACAUUUGUCUCUUGUUUACAAAGUUCCUAAAAUGCCUCAAACUCUAGAGGAAGGGAUGUAGAGAUUCCAAGCAAAUAGUGUGUUUUAAGUCGUUCUCUGUACUUUGUAUUUUUCAGUAAAGUCUUCAGAAUGUUCAGGCGUUAAAUAAGAACCAUUACAAUCAAACGAUAUAGAGGAACCCAUUGGUUAAAUGUAGGAAAAAUAUUGGUAUCUAAACACACAGAUAUACUUUUUUUUGGGGGGGGGGGUGUUAAAAUUCUAAAUGUUAAGUUGCCAUAAUAAAAAAAAUCUUUGUAUGGUUUUUCAAAUUCUAAAAAUGCAACAAGCCUUACAUUAUUAAAGUACUGGCAACUACUGUUUAAGAGAUGAUUAUGUGAUUUUUAUGAAUGGAAAGAGCUUUUGUUUAACUGUAGAUGUUUUCGGAAAAAAAACUUGUGAAUGAAAUCUGAAUAAGUGUGUUUUCAUGUGAAGAUGUUUGAGCCAUUUCUAUCUCAUGCAUUCCUGUCUAAUGACAGUAAUUUCUUUAUUUUUUUUUGAAAAUUAAAAGCAAAAUAAAAUAAA